UGAUUUUGGAGUUCAGUGACGUAAUGAACUUUUCCUCCUUUUUUUUAGAUUUGGAGCAAAUGAGGAAUUGGGAACUAGUAACCAACUUCGGCAUCGUCGAGAGCCUCAGUUUUGCCAGCUCAGGCGCGCGCGCGCGCACACACACACACACACACGCGGCUCUUUGACUUGGCCCUUCCUCUUAGGGGAAGCCUUGGUGGCUGCGCGCCCGCAGCUCCAGAUGCGGAAAAGGCGCUGGCUGGAACGCCUUGCGCCAAGGUGGGCGUUGCUUCCUGGUUUCCGUCCUCAGGUACAGAUCGGGAGAGGCGGAGUCUGCUUUUUCCUCUCCUGUGCCAAGGAUCGGAGAGCGAAGGCAGGAGGAAUCCUGGGAAAUGUAGCUAUGCAAGCUGAGGCAGAGCUAUGGCCAGCGACAAAGAGAUUCUUCGUGUGGUCAAGGACUUAAAGAAUACCGUGACCGAGUUAAACAAAAACUACCAGGAGCAGGGACUACCGGUGACAGACGGGAGUCGGGAGCUGCAACAAUUCUGUGCCCAGCUGGAGUUCCUGUUGCAGUAUGAUCUGAAAGAAAAGAGAAACCUCUUUGGGCAAAGGAAAGAUUACUGGGACUUCCUGAUCCGAGUUCUGACCAGGCUGCACAGUGGUGUGCAUGCAGGGGUGCAACAUGUCACCUCCCUCGACAAACUGAAAACAGCCGUGGGGAAGGGCCGUGCUUUUAUUCGUUAUUGCCUUGUCCAUCGGCAGCUGGCGGAGACCUUGCAGCUUUGUUUCAUGGAACCAGAAGUCAUCAGUGAGUGGUACUACGCACGCAGCCCUUUCUUGGAUCGAAAGCUGUGGACGGACAUCUUGGGCUUCCUCUAUGAGCUGGAUGGCAUGGCUUUUCACCUGGCCCUGCGCAGAGGAGACCUGGAUGCUGCGUGGCCCAUGGUCUCUGAGGUUUUGCCACGAUGUUCCAACCCAGCUGCUAUGCACUCCCAGCAGAAGGAAGCAUCCUCUGAGGUUGGGAACUCAAACAGAGACUGCGGGAACCACCAAGGGGCCACCAAAGUUCAUGAGAGCUCGCCAAGAACCACUAGUGACCAACAUGCUGUUGAGCCAACUGCUGAUGAUCGACUCAGUGCUGGGCUGGAAAACUCCAUGGAGAAAUGGGUUGGGAUCUGGAGAAGCAGGAAGAACAGUCUGCUGCAGAUGGGUGCUCUCUUGAAGCUGAGUCAUUUUAUGGAAGCGGAUCCAGCUGCUGGCAAGGAGGUGCAGAAGGGAAAUGGUGAGCUGCAGACCCAAGUGGAGAAGCUGAGCAAGGAGCAGCCAGGAAGCAUCUCUUCCAUCAAGGAACGAUGUUCCCUGCUUCAUCAGACAGAUCACUGCCUGUGUGGAAAGAUGGAGAGGCCACCUACUGAAGGUGACACCAGGUGGAAGCAGGACUUCAAAACACUGAUGUGGGAGCUUGCUGCUUUGCGGCAAAAGUUGGCCCAGCAAAAAGAGGAGAAUGCAUCUCUGAGACUAGCCCUUUUGGAGGAAAACCAGCUUCUGAAAGAGGAGCGGGCAAAACAUGAGCAGCAACACAAGGAGAAGAUGGAUGAGCAGGAAAAACAGCAGCAGGAGUUGGCCAAAACCAUCAAGGCCCUCAGGGAGGCAGAGGACAAGGUUGCCAACCUGACUAGCGAAUGCCAGGAGGCCUGGUCCAAGAGAGAUGCCGCUGAGAGGUCUCUAGAGGAGGCAGAGCAAAGGCUGAGUUCUCAGGAGGCAGAGAGGAGGAAGCACUUGGCAGACAUUGAGGCCCAAGAGUUGAGGCGCCAGCAGCUGGUCUCUCGGUGUCAGGGCCUGCAGGAGAAGCUGAAGGUGUGCGAAGAGAGCUUGGAGAAGUGGGAAGCCCAAGCGGUAGCUCUGAAAAGCCAAGGUGGCCAGCUGGGAAUGAAUGAGGAGCAGCCAGAAGGCAUGAGCUGCAGGCCAGCAGAAAGGGAAGAACAUCCAUCCAUGUUGGAAUGGGGUCCUCUAAGGGGGAAAUUGGAGAGGAGCCUUGCUGAGAUACAGGUACUAGAGAGGGAGAAGGAGACUCUUAUGGAAACUCUGGUGUCCCAGGAGAAAAGUCUGGUGUUUUCAAAACUAGAGGUUCAGGACCUUCAGAAGGAGCUGUCGGCAUGUCAGGAGCAUGUUGCCACUCUCCGGACAUCUCUGGAGGAGCAAGUGAAGGUCCUAAGGGUCAAGGAAGAAGCAGCUCAGGGUUUGCAAAGAGAGUUGAAUAGCCAGUUGGCCCAGCUACAGGACGCCCUGGAGAAAAACACUACGCUGGAGGCUCAUUUAGAGGAAGCGGCCAGCAAGAAGUCUCAGCUGGAAGCUCAAGCUGUUGAGGAGCAGGCCAGGCAUGAAAGGACUUUGCAGGAACUAGGGAACCAGCUGGGAACUUUUGAAAAGGAGGUGGCCACACUGCAAGAGGAGAGGCAGCAGCUGCGGGCCACCUUGCAGCAAGCCCUCAAAGAAAGAGAGGCCUUGGCAAUGCAAGCUGAGAGCAUGGCUUCUGCUCUGGACGGACGGACACAGGAGGCUACACAGCUUCGGAAAGAGCUGGAGGAGCUCAAGGCCACCAGCAAAGCACAACAGAUAUCCUUGCAGGAGACAAAUGAAGUAGUGGCCUCAGCCCUCAGGGAAGAGUGCCUGCAGCUGAGAAAUCAACUGGAACAACUGGAACAGGAGAAGAUGUGGGCCACAAACAUGGCGGAGCAGCUGAGUGAAGACUUGGAGCAGGGCUGGGAAUGGCCCAGGGAGGAAGGCGCUCUAGAGAGGACAUGGCCUCCUCCUGUCACUGUGCUGGACUCGGCCUGCGGGGCCAGAGAUGAAAAAGGCAGGGACCUGGUCAGGAAGAAGGGCAUCACUGAGGAAAACAGCCAUGGAGGAGCAGGGUCACGGCCAAUGAACACAGAGUUUCUUCAGGUCGAUGGGCUGCAAGAUGCGGCGAGUCCUGUCAAGAAAGGGGCCGGUGCUAAGCCUAGUGCCCAUGGGAAGGUAAGGGACUCAUGUUCCAUGUACAAUGUGAAGAUACAUGAUAAUUCCCCUCAGUGUCUAACUCACCAUCUGAAGAAAAUGACGGCUGAUGUGCAGCAAGCAAAGCAAAUGUUUGCUGCCAAGGAACAAACGAUGAUGCAGCUGAUGGAGCAGCUGAGCCGGUCUCAGCAGGAAAAAGAACAGUUGCUGCUUUUGCUGGAGAAAAGCCGACAGGAAUCGGAGGAGAAGGAGAAGAGGUACAAAGGGGAGCUGUCAGAACAGGGGGAAACCAUUUGCAACAUGAAAGGAAAACUGCUGGAGUUACUACGGGAAAAAGAUGCCCUGUGGCAAAAGACAGAAGGCAUUGCCUCCACAACAGUAUCUCCAGCUCCUCAGAACCCAGGGGUGUGUGUUCAGUGCAAAAAGGAUUUCAGGCUCAUGUCGCGCCGAUACCAGUGCAGGUUGUGUCGGAGCAUGGUGUGUCAUGCCUGCUCGGUGAGCAGCGGGCACAAGGAGCGCUGCUGCCUUCCCUGCUACCAGAAGAGAAAUGGCCAAGGCACCUGACCAGACUCAGAGGGCUCAGCAAGGCAGCCCAUUCCACCCAGUGGUACAGACACUGCAAGUCCAGAAAAUGGCUCCCUCCCUGAGUGGAAUGGAUGUGACUUCUGUUUGGGCAUUGGUUGCAGGCUCCUCCAAAUGAAGAGGAGCAUAUGGUGGCAGUCAGGGACAUCGUAAUGAUAAAUGGCUUAGAAAUUAAAUUUGUAUCAGGGAUGACUCUAAAUAUCCAGCGGGUUCCAGUGGUGUAGGAGCAUCUCUCAUUCUUUCCAGAUCCAACACUAUUAGGUAGAAGUCUGUUUUUAUCUGGGUUUCUGUGAGGCAUGCAGCCAGGCACUCAGAUUCAGCCAUUUGCCUUCAACCCCUGCAGCUGAAAAUUUCCCAAAUAUAUUCCCUUUGCGAGAUAACAUGCGUUGACCCAACAAACAGUUGCUGUGGUUGGUUGGUUGGAGGUGCUGUGGACAGCAGGCACAUGAAGCAUGGAUAAGGGCAUCAUCCCAAUGAACUGACACAGUCCAUCAUUAAAGUUGAGCAUAUGGAAGCUGGCAAACAUGGGAUCUGAAAGUGAGCGACUUCAUGAGCAGUUGCCCUGUUCUCUCUCAGCAGCAUCACAGAAAGAGAAAUUUUGUGGGAUAAUGCUCUGGCUACGCCAAAUUCCCAAGCUAGUCCAGGGAAGCAUUUUACUUCCAACUGUACUGUUUCCUACUGCAGGUGGGGGAACUCCUGAGGUAGCUGGGAAGAUCAGGAAGAAUUAUGGGAGGGGAGGAGUCCCCAUCGCCACCAUGGAUGGCAGGUGUCAUGUCCCCAGUUCACUGUACUUUAUUUUUACUCUGAAGAUCACUAUUGGAAACUGGAAUCCAUAAUUGAAUCAUGUAAUUACUGUGGAAGAAAUGAUUAUUUAUGGGGUGGAGCAUUCAGAAAUUAAAUUUUAAAGAAAAUCAUCUGGGUGGUUUUUGUGUUAGUUCUUUUCCUUCCUUUUUUGUGCAAUAAAACAUAUUUUGUA